AUGUCCCAACCUUACGAGAAAGAGGCUGAGUUUGCGGUGUGCGCCGUACGACGCGCAUGCAACCUCACCGCGUCCGUAUUCAACAAGCUGAUCAAGAACGAGACGCUAGUGAAGGGCGACAAGUCCCCGGUCACAGUUGGCGACUUUUCCGCGCAGGCGCUGGUCUGCACGAUGCUGGCAAACGCCUUCCCCGAUGACCUGAUCGUGGGAGAGGAAGACUCGGCCGACCUGCGCCAGGACACGGACGCGUCGCGCGCGCUCAAGGACAGGAUCGUUGAGCUGGCGAACGAAGCACUCACCGCCGACCUCGCCCUCGGCGACAAGGAGCAGUGGGGGAUCGGUCCCGGCAAGGCGCGCACGCCCGAUCAGCUGCUGGACGCGAUCGACAGGGGGAACUACGAUGGCGGCAGGACAGGACGCAUGUGGACGCUCGAUCCGAUCGACGGGACGAAGGGCUUCCUCCGCGGCGGGCAGUACGCGGUCUGCCUCGCGCUCAUCGUCGACGGCGAGGUCAAGGUCGGCGCGAUCGGCUGCCCCAACCUGCACGUAGACGCCGCCAAGCCCGACGGCGAGAAGGGCUGCAUCUUCGUCACCGUCCGCGGGCGCGGUGCUCAGCAGUACACCCUCGCCGGCGCGGACCCGCAACCCCUCCGCCUCCCCGUGCUCCCCACCUCGCAGAUCAGCUUCCUCGAGUCCGUCGAGGCCGCGCACGCCGACCACGGCUUCAACGCGCGCGUCUCCGAGGUGCUCGGCGUGACCCUCCCGCCCGUGCGCAUGGACAGCCAGGCCAAGUACUGCUGCCUCGCGCGCGGCGAAGGCGGCGCGUACCUGCGCAUGCCCGUCGGCACGGGCUACCGGGAGAAGAUCUGGGACCACGCGCCGGGCUCGGUGCUUGUCGAGGAGGCUGGCGGCACGAUCAGCGAUUCGAGGGGGAAGCCGCUCGAUUUUGGGCUUGGGCGGAUGCUGGGGGAGAAUUUUGGGAAGGUGAUUGAGGCCGUGCAGACGGCGGUGUCGGAGGGACUGGCGAAGGUUUGGAGGGGGGACCACGAAUUUGCUCCGUCUGACGUCGUCGCGCCAGCCUGCCGUCGGGUACAGGCGCACCAGCGUGGGUGA